CUGCUCAACUCAAUUCAUUCAUUAUCCAUUACUUUCUCUCUCCACAACUCAUUGGAGAUUUGCUUCUUUCUCACAUACUCAAGCAGAAAAAACACACACUAAUCAGAACCAGAUCAGUACUCGAAUAUAUGGAUUAUGACUCGUCCGUAUAGAUUUCUAUCAACUGCUGUCAACUCAUCGUCGAAGGCGGCGGCAGAAUCACCGGAGGCAGUCUCCGUGGAGUCAGAUUUCGUCGUCAUCUUCGCUGCUCUACUAUGUGCUCUGGUUUGUAUCGUAGGUUUGAUAGUCGUAGCUCGAUGCGCUUGGCUCAGACGCAGAUCUCUUGCUAAUAGCUUACCUGGCCAACAAUCUGCUAAUAAAGGAAUUAAGAAGAAGUUCAUUGACGCGCUUCCGAAAUUCAAGUACGAUUCAGCCAAGGACGACAACGGCGGAAAGCUUUCCUCCGGUGAUUGUGCGUGUGCGAUUUGUUUGACGGAGUACGCAGAUGGAGAUGAGAUCAGAGUGCUCCCGCAGUGCGGACAUGGAUUUCACGUCGGAUGUAUCGACAAGUGGCUUGGAUCUCACUCGUCUUGCCCGUCGUGUAGACAGAUUCUGGUGAUUAGUAGGUGUAAGAAGUGCGGCGAGUUCCCGUCGAUUUCCGCCGGAAAAAUCUCGUUGGUGGUUGAUCAUGGAGAGUUUCUCUUGCAAAAUGAUUCUCAAAUUGCUAAUGGAGAUGUGGAUGGUGUUGUUUUUGUCUUGUAG